AUGAGAAAAGUUCCAUUUUCGGAGCUGCAGAGGAGAGCUGGUGGUGGAGCAGGAGGUUGGGGGAGAGGGGAGGUCCAGCUCUAUGACACCCCAUAUGAGGAGCGCGUCCCAGGGCAGCCGGAUCUGCCCGAGGAGGGGAGGGAGAGCAGGCUGCCGCAGGACGACGAGAGGCCCGCAGAUGAAUACGACCAACCUUGGGAGUGGAAGAAGGAACACAUCUCCAAGGCUUUUGCAGCUCUGACAGGUUUGUCCUCCUGCAGUGCUGACACACUCGGGCUGAUAAACCACCGCAGGGGUGCAGGGGCAUCUCCAUCCACCUCCUCCCCCAUCUACCCCUCCAGCAGUGUGCAGUUUGAGGGUGCUGAGUGGGACCGUUCCUGUUCUCCCACAGAGCGCCUGAGGUGUUCCAGGCCUCUGCCAACCACAGGCAGCAUGAAGCUACGCAAGCCCAACGAUCCUCAUUCCAUGAUCGGAGAGAGAGUGGAUCCCACCCUGCCCCUGGAGAAACAAGUAUGGUAUCACGGUGCUCUCUCGCGCUCAGAGGCCGAGUCUCUGCUGACCCUCUGUAAGGAGUGCAGUUAUUUGGUACGAAACAGCGAGACCAGUCGCUUGGACUACUCUCUCUCUCUGAGGAGCUGCCAGGGAUUCAUGCACAUGAAGUUCAGCCAGUCCAAAGACGGCCGCUAUAUCCUGGGCCAGAACAGCCCUCCAUUCGACACCAUCCCUGAAGUGAUCCACUAUUACACCACACACAAACUCCCCAUCAAAGGAGCCGAACACUUGUCCUUGCUCUUCCCUGUGCUAGUUCAGACUCUCUGAUUGGUCAGAGCACUGCAGUCCUCAUUGCUAUGGGCGGAAACAUACAGCCAAGGGAUAUGCCUUUGGGAAUGAAGAGUUCUUGGAUGAACAUUGCACAAAAUCAGCAACAACGUACACAAACUUUUUGGUCCCUUAUGUUUUUGAUUGUACAGCAUCUGGUUAAGGACAUCAACUUCUAAAAUGGACAUGUCAGAUCAAAUUACAGUUAGAUCUGUUCACAUGCUAUUUCACAUUCUUGUUAACACUUUUCCAUCUCACCGAAUGACCCUUCUGUGAACCGUACUAAACUGGUGGCAGCAAGACCUGUUGCUUGUAGAGUCAUCUGCCUGUGUUAUUCUCUGCUGGGACGGUGGAAUAGCCACCGCUAAUGUUUAUUGAUCGAUUAGCAGCCUCUUAGGAUGAGCAGACGGGCCUCUGUAUUUUUAUAGCUGCUGUAAAAGACAUUUCCACACGGCCAUUUAUGACUAUCUGCUCUUUAAAGUUUGUAAAGCCUUUUGGUUCUAGUAAGGCCCUUGAGACCACACACAAAUGUUUGGUCCAUUCAAGACAGUAGUCCUCAGAAUGCCCUUUUAAUUCCUACAUUGUCUUUGUUAGACUUUGUCACUGUGGCUGGUCAUAGAUCAGUGCAUGUUGGCAACUUAUGUUGAGGAAAGUAGCUGAUUCUAACUGAUAAAGUCAAUGAUGUGAUGUAAUUGGUAUAUUAGGUCACCGGUACAGUACAGUGCUGAAAAUGUGUUUCUGUAGCUG